AUGGAGGCCAACACUCAGAAGAGUGCUGAGAUCAAAGUCAAGGUAUUCAACAUCGCGAGUGCCAGGAGUAGAGAGGGCAGCCAGAGAGAGCUAGAAGAUUCCAGCCAGGGAGAGUACAAGGCAGUGGGGCCUGCUGUGUUCAUCAGAGCAGAAAUCAUGGACGAGGACUACGAGGACUACGAAGACCCCGGGCUUUUCAGCAGCUCCAAUGACAGCAAACAGGUGCAUGAAAACUUCCUGCAGUUCAAGAAGGUCUUCCUGCCCUGCGUGUAUAUAGCCGUGUUCCUCUGUGGCCUGGUGGGGAACUCCCUGGUGCUGGUCAUCUACGUCUUCUACCAGAAGGUGAACAGCAUAACUGACCUGUUCCUCAUGAACUUACCCCUGGCUGACCUGGUGUUUGUCUGCACCCUGCCCUUCUGGGCGUACGCGAGCGUCCACGAGUGGGUCUUUGGCAGGUUUAUGUGCAAGAUGGUGCUGGGUGUCUACACCCUGAACUUCUACACGUCCAUGCUCAUCCUCACCUGCAUCACCAUAGACCGCUUCGUCUCCGUGGUCCAGGCCACCAAGGCUUACAACCAGCAGGCCAAGUGGAUGUCCUGGGGCAGGGCCGUCUGCACGAUCAUCUGGACGGCCUCCCUGCUGGUUUCCCUGCCGCAGAUCAUCUAUGGGAACACUUUCCCUCAAGACAGGGUCGUCUGUAGUUACAGCAACGCAGACAUUUCCACGAUGGUCCUGGCUACGCAGCUGACGCUGGGGUUCUUCCUGCCUCUGCUCACCAUGAUUGUCUGCUACUCAGUCAUCAUCAAGACCUUGCGGAAGACCCAGGGUUUCCAGAAGCACAAGUCUCUAAAGAUCAUCUUCCUGGUGGUGGCCGUGUUCCUGGUGACGCAGACCCCCUUCAACCUUGUGAAGCUCGUCCUCAGCACGAGCUGGGAGUACCACGCCAUGACCCGCUUCCACUAUCUCAUCGUCGUGACUGAGUCCAUUGCCUACCUGCGGGCCUGCCUUAACCCCAUGCUCUAUGCCUUCGUCAGCGUCAAGUUUCGGAAGAACUUCUGGAAACUCGUCAAAGACACCGGCUGCCUCCCCUAUGUGAAGGUCUCGGGUCAGUGCAAGUCUCUGGAAGACACUUCAAAGAUGAGCUCUGUCACUCACAAUGCAGAGGCCACGAGCAUGUCCCAACUGUAG